AUGGCACGCAGCGACCCCAUCAACAUCAUGGUUGUGGGCGAGUGUGGAGAUGGUAAAUCCACCCUUAUUGAUGCUCUGCGUGACAAGGCCCUGUCCGAGCGGCCUUUGACAGGUAAGAAUCCGGCUGGUGUGACUAAGAAUAUUGUCAUGUACCCCUGCCCAGACUUGGGAAGCUGCCCCUUCAACAUCCUUGAUACUCCAGGCGUUGGUGACCAUGAGGUGACACCAGUUGCCUUGAUCAGCAUGAUUGAGGAGUUUUUGACAAAAGGCAUGGUCCCCGGUGGCAUCCGCGGCUUGGUAGUAACCACGCCCAUUCCGGACGGCAGGAUCAGGCUGGGCGCACAGAUUGUUCAGGCGAUCGUCGACAAGGGCUUCGUGGCUUCGGCGGGGAACAACAAGUACGGCAACAUCGUACUUUGCGGCACGAAGAAGGACAAGGCCGACGAGGAGGACAUUCAGAACUUCCUUCACGGCACAGAUGGAGAUGACUCGGUUAAAAGCUUGUUCUUCAAGCAGUCGCCGCAUGAGACCGGCCCAUGCGCCUUGGUGAGCAAAGACGAUUACUCUCCACUGCUCGAGGCAAUCCGCCAGUUGCCCGCCAGCAGCAUCGCAUUCCAGAAGCCGGACUCCAAAGUGAUGGCGGAAGCUCUCGCUGCGAAGCUCGGAAUGCAGCCGGAGGAGUUGGAGUCGCAGAUGAACGUUAUGCGCCAGCUUGUUGAAGAGCAGAGCAAGCAGGUGAGAGAUAUGAUGCUGCAGAUGCGUGAGGAUCAGAUGCAACACCGAGAGGUGAUGAAAGAAAAGGACCAACAGAUGCAACAGCUCAUGCAGAAAAUGCAGGAAGAUCAGAGGAGGGCGGACGAGGCUCGGGCCGCACGAGAUCAGCAACAGGAAGUGAUGCGCCAGCAGCAGGACCAGCAACGGCGUGCAGAAGCUGCUCAGGCCGCCAGGGUGCAAGAGCAGCUUAUGCAAGCAAUGCAAGACGAAGCCAGGCAGUCUCGAGAGCAGAUGGAAGCCAUGCAGCGGGGGAGAGAAGAAGCUGAAGAGCGGCACCGGGAGUUUGCAUUGCAGAUGCAGCGGCAGCAUCAGGACCAGCUGAAUGCUAUGAGAAACUCCAGCAGGAGCAGUUGUGUUGUUAGCUGA